AUGGAUAAUAAAAUAAAUAAUAAUAAUAAUAAUAUAGAGGAUGAUGAUGAAGGUUUAUAUGUUGAACCUGUAGACAAUAAUAGUAGUAAUAAUAAUAGUAGGGGUAGAUCCAAAGAGAGAGAGGGUAGAUAUAAUAAAAGUAGAAGCAGAAGUAGAAGUAGAAGCAGAAGUAAAAGUCGUAGUAUAGACAGAGACUAUAGUGAAAGUAGAAGUCGUAGUUAUAGUAGAAGUAGAAGUAGAUCAAGAGAGAGAUUUAGAAAAAGGGAUUACAGUAAUAUCAGCUACAGUAACAAUAACAACAAAUAUAACAAAAAGUGGAAUAAACAAUCAAAUAGGAAAAAAGAUAAUGAGCCUUCUAAUAUAUUAAUGUUAAAAGGUUUAACCGAAUCAAUGAAUGAAGAGAGGUUAUCAGAUUUUAUCAAGAUAUAUGGAGCAUAUGAGUCAAUUGAGGUUAGAUAUGAUAGAACUACAGGUGAUUCAAAGGGUUAUGCAUUUGUAAAUUAUAAAACAAUUGAUGAAGCAACAGAAAUAUUGAAAUUAACAGAAGGUUCAAUAAAUAUUGAUGGCCAUGGAGUGUUAUUAUCUUAUGGUCAUCCUGGUGAUUAUGAUUGGCUUUGCGAAUCUUGUAAUAAUUCAAAUUAUUCAUGGAGAGUUGCUUGCCAUAGAUGCCAAGAUCCAAUGCCGGAGAAUCCUAGAUGGGUAUCAGCCCAACAGGCACAACAGAUUCAAGAGAGUGUUCCAAGUUCAACUAUAGUAAUCCGUGAUUUAGUGCCAUAUGCAACAGAAGAAACAUUGGCAAAUGCAUUCGCUCAAUUUGGAAGAACACCAAAAAGAUAUUCAGUUUCAAAGAAAAGAAAUAUUUGUAUUGGCUUUGUGGAAUACUAUGCAACAAAUGAUGCAGUUGAUGUUUUUAAUCAAUGCCAUCAAAGGCCAUUUUAUAUUGGUGAUUCAAUUGUAAGUAUUUCUUAUGCAAAAAAUACAGAUAAUAAAAAAGAGGCUAUAGAUCCAAAUAUUGGUUUAUCAAAGGCCGAUAUGGACCAAUGGUUAAAUAAUUAUGGUUCCACUACCGUUGCUGCAAACAUUCCAAAUGGUUAUAGUUAUCAUGCUACUACAGGCCAUUACUAUUCUUCAGAGUCUGGUUACUUUUACGAUACAAAUAAUGGCGUUUACUUUUAUUAUGACACAAACUCAAAGGGUUAUUACUGUUAUGAUUCAGCUACAAAUUCAUAUUUGCCAUAUACUCCUUCACAUCCACAUAAACAAUCACAACAACACUCAAAUUAUUUCAAUAAAACCACAGUGUCCCAAACCCAAUCAUUAAGCUCUAGUCAAGCUAAGCCCAGCGAGCAGCAAAAACCUGAUGACAAACGUAAAGUUGUUUCAGUACCAAAGUUUAAUUCAUUAUUAAAGAGAAAGAAUGAUUCCGAAAUUGAAAAAUGGAAACUUAAGGCAUCUAUUACUGAAAAAGAGGUUGCUGACGAGGAAAAAUUAAAAAAUGAAGAUAUUUUAAGAAAAAAGAGAGAUCAAGAGUUGUCACAGGAUCAGGAGUAUGAUCCAUCAAUGCCUGAUAUUAUUGAACCAAUAAGUACAACCACAACAACGACAUUACCAGUUACUAGUGAUGUCAAACCUUCCAUUGGGUCUUUUUCAAUUUCUGCACCAAUUAAAUUGGCAAUAAAUAAACCAGCUGCCAUUAAAGUUGUUUCACCAGUAAUUGUAAAGAAAACAAGUGUUUUUGGGGAUCUAGAUGAUGAAGAUAAUGGUAAUGAUAAUAAUAAUAGCAAUAAUAAUAAUAAUAAUAAUCAAAGAAAUAAUAAUAGUAUUGAACAAGAUCCAGUUUGUACAUUGUGCAUGAGACAGUUCGCAUCAAAAGAGGCACUUUUUAAACAUGAAAAAGAAUCAAAACUUCAUUUGGAAAAUUUACAAAAAUUAAAAUCUUCAUCAAAUAGCUCAACAAAUCUUUAUAAACCGUCUCCGUCAAAUAAUAAUAAUAGUCAAUCUGUAUCACCACCAUCAGAUAAGAAUAAAAGAAAACAGGAUACAACAUUUGGUGAGAAUAGUAUUGGGGUUAAAUUACUAAAGAAAACAGGUUGGAAAGAGGGUGAAGGUUUAGGUAAAUAUGGCGAUGGUAUGACAUCAUCAAUUCAAGUUUCAAUGAGAUCAGAGCGUUCAGGUUUGGGAUCUGAGCCAAAGGUAGAUCCACGUUUUGUAAUUCAGCCAGGCGAUGAUUAUCAAACUCGUUUAAAAAAGAAAAAUUUCCAAAGAUUUUAUAGCGAAAAUGGCGGAAAAGCCGUAGAUUUAUCAAAUAAUCCUUUUUUUAAUGGUUAA